UAUGAGAAAAUCACUGGGUCAAUGCUUGCAAAAAUCAUCAUUUCUAAGUCAAAGAUAAACAAAUCCUGAUGUUACUUAAGAUAAGAAAUUAGGAGUGAGAUUUGCUACUUAAUAUUAAUUGACUGUACCUGAUAUUGUGAUAAAUGAUCCAAAUUAAUUAGAAUUGAUUAGAAUAAAAGAAAAAUAUAAAUGGAAAUGUGAAGAACUAGAUAGAACUAAGUAAGUUAUGGAAGAAGAACAUAAAUCAAUAGAAGAGAGGUCUAAUGUAUAUAUACUUUUAUAUUAAGAAAUUAAAUAAAGGAGAAAAAGAAAUGAGAAUUUUGGCAACAUAAAUAAAGGAGAAACUUAAUAUUUUAGGAGAACAAGAAUAGAAUUUUAGAGAGAAAGUAUAGUUAUAAGAAGAGAAAAUGAAGGAGAGGGAAUAAUAAUUAUAGAUUAGUAAAAAAUAAUUAGAGGAAUAGCAAAGUACAUUAGAACUUGAAAAAAAUAAAUUGAAGAUUAGAGAGAAAUGUUUAUAAGAAAAAGAAUUUAUUAUUGAUUAAAAAUUAAGAGAAGUUGAAUAAUAUAUUGAUAAAUUAAAAUAUCAAUUAUAAAAUGUUAAUUAGAAGGAAAGUACAUUUUUAUUAUUAUUCAUAAGAUUAUUAUCAUUAAUAAAUAGAUAAAUUAAAUUCAGGAUUAUAAACUAUUAUUUAACAUGAAUUAUCAAUAAAAAAUAUUGAAUUUAAUUUAAGCAAAUAAGUUUAACAAUUAAGAGAAGUAGAAUAAAGUUUAAUUGAAUAAUUGCAUAAUUGUAAAAAAUAAGAGGAAGUAUUUGAUUAAAGAGAUUUAAAUAUAUAAGUUAGUGAAUAAUUAAUCAAUCGUAAAUUGGAAUGGGAUAAUAAAUAAAUACAAUCAGCUAAAUUAUCUAAAAUAAACACUGAAAAUUCAAGAAUGGAGAUCUCAAACUUUGCUCAUUCUGCUUUUUCACAAAAAUAUUGA